GGCUAUAACGAUCCUCUCAACUAUGCCUGUACUCUCUGUUAAUCUCAACCAACUGUCAGAGCACCAGAUCACAUUCGAAAGCCCUACAGACCACGGCCCUGCAUCCUUGCCCGUUCCCAAUCCGACACAAUCGUUCUGGCUUGAUUCAUCUCCAGAUGCCAAUCCUCUGGGAAGGGAGGGGAGUGACGUUCCCCUCACUUCCGAUGCCGACGUCUGCAUCAUCGGAUCCGGCAUAUCUGGCGUCUCCGCUGCUUAUCACCUGUCCAAAGCUACUGAGGCCGACCCAAAACUUGGUCCGUUGAAGGCCGUGAUAUUGGAGGCGCGCGAUUUUUGCUCAGGGGCGACCGGAAGAAACGGCGGCCAUCUGGUCUCAAACGCUUUCCUCGAAUUCGGAGCCAACAAAGCUGUAUGGGGCGUCGAAGAUGCUAUCAGAGCCGUCGCGCUUGAGGACUAUACAGUGUCCCAGAUCACCACAUUGGUGAAGACUCAGAAUCUGACUGAUGCGGUGGACCUCGUCACAGGCGGACGUAUCCACCUGCUCGUCACUCAGAAGGAAAUCGAGGAAGCUCGCGCCGACUACAUUGCUGCCAAAGGUGCUGGCGUGGAUGUAUCUACCUCCGAGUGGUUGAGCCAGGAAGUUGUCAAGGAGAGAUACGGCACCUCCUACCCCGGAUAUAAGCUACCGGGUCAUAACCUCUGGCCAUCGAAGCUCGUCACUCAUCUGUUCUAUCUCGCGAAACGCGCUACGCCUUCAUUCGACCUACGACUACACACGCGUACCCCCGUCACUUCCAUAUUGCCGAACGCGUUUACCUCGGACAGCGGCAUGCCUUCUCGCCGUUGGAUCCUCCAGACCCCUCGCGGCUUUGUCUCAUGCUCGUACGUGAUCCAUGCCACGAACGCGUACGCUUCGCAUCUCCUGCCUCAUCUUACCGGUCCACACGGCAUCGUUCCCACCCGUGGUCAAAUCAUCGCUAUCAGGGCGAACGCUACGGCCGCGGAGCUGACCACCUCUGGUUGGACAGGGAACGAAGGCUUCGAGUACUGGUUCCCGCGUCCUCUCAAGGCUGAAGAUAAAGACCGACACCCUUUGGUGAUCCUCGGUGGCGGGAGAGAGAACUCGAAAGACAGAUUCGAGAUCGAUGAGACAGAUGACUCAGUUGUGAACGAGGACGUCGGGAAAGCUCUGAGGGGCUUCCUUCCCGGCGUCUUUCCUGGUAAAUUUGCGGAAGGAAGAGAGCCCGAAAUGGAAUGGACAGGCAUCAUGGGAUACACCAAAACGCACGACCCAUUUGUCGGCCCAUUGAUCGACUCUGACAGUCUCAAUACGUCUGCCUAUCAGGGCCAGUUUAUCUCUGCUGGGUUCUCAGGGCAUGGCAUGCCGCGCACCUUUGCAUGCGCUGAAGCGGUGGCAGGGAUGAUCACCGCUGAGCUCUCCCAUUCCCAGUGGGAGGUUCCCGAUUGGCUCCCCAAACACUAUCUCACCACGAAUAGGAGAUGAGGGUGCGGGGUGCGGGAGAAUCUGGGGAGAAUUGAACGUUGCGGAGAGAUCCCUGAUCUAUGCGGGGUUGCCGGAGCCCCAUAUCCGGGAGGAAGUUUCGAUCAUCGAAUUUCUGGCUUACGACUUAUUAGUAUACCGCGAGCGGUCUAGUAGACUUGACGAUGUGGAAAUGUUUUUGAUACCCGUCAUUGGCGAUGCUUUCGCCGUUGCUCUCUGUUUUAUCGAUGUUGCUGGUCGUCUUUGAGGGGCUUCCCGAAGGCGCCUGGCGUAGUU